UCAUAUACAUUGUCAAUUAAUUAACUCUCAUGUCCUUUCUAUAUUUUCAUACACUUCAAUCACUCAAUUUUUUAUUCAAAUUAAGCCAUAAAUUUUGUUCUUACUAGAACAAGAUAGAGUGGUCGGUUUUGUUGUGUCACUCUCUAUCUCUUUCUCUAUAUAUAUAAACAAAGGCCAAAGUAAAUUUAUUUCUUGAAUUAAGAGCAAGUUAGCAUCAUAGUUAGGUGAAGCAAGGAGAAACAGAAAAUGGGAGUGCAGGGUACUUUGGAAUACUUGUCUGAUUUACUGAGUAGCACUAAAAAGAAGAAAAAGAAACAAACUCAAACUGUUGCUCUUAAAAUAAGAAUGGAUUGUGAAGGAUGUGCUCGCAAGGUUAAACAUGUCCUUUCUGGUGUUAAAGGAGCUAAGAAAGUGGAUGUGGACUUAAAGCAGCAGAAAGUAACAGUGAGUGGAUAUGUUGAACCAAAGAAAGUGUUGAAGGCUGCUCAAUCAACAAAGAAGAAGGUUGAGCUUUGGCCUUAUGUUCCAUACACUAUGGUGGCUCAUCCUUAUGUUUCUCAAGCUUAUGAUAAGAAGGCACCUCCAAAUAUGGUUAGAAAGGUGGCUGAUACUUCCAACAUAAAAGAGACCACAUUUGAUGAUAGCUAUGUUGAAAUGUUCAGUGAUGAAAAUCCAAAUGCAUGUUCUAUAAUGUAAUUAUUAUUCAUUAAUAAUAUUAAAAUAUAUGUUUGAUAAUAUUAACA